AUGAAAAUUGCUGAAUUGCUGAAUGAGCCUACGUCCACAACUCAGCAUCAUAGAGUGAAGCGAAUGGACAUGUUAUCGCUUGAUCUAUUGACACGAAAACGUAAGUAUCGUUCAGAUCUCUCUAUGAAUAAGACUGGGGAUUUUGGCACUUUAUCUCAAUUAAUUGCGCGAAAAGUAGAGGAAACGAGAUCAAACAAUCCCGUUGUGAAGGAAUGCUGCAGAAAUACUUUACUUUAUCAUAACUUGCCACCUGUCAAGUUGGAAAAAAGAAUAAAGCAGAGAAUGCUAGUCAGGCGGUCGUACCAUCGCAAAAUUGAUACGUUGAUGAAGUUACAGAAUGAAAUGAAGUCACUAGAGUCAAAAUGCCGAGACGUCAUUGUCUUGCGACAACGGAUCUCGCAAUCAUUUGAGCCUUUUGAGAGCGAAAAACAGCGGUGCGAACAGCUACGUAAACAAUACUCGCAAUUAUCGAUUACUCAAGAAAAGUUGCGUCACGAGAACAAACAAUUGCGACUUAAAUCUAUGGAACUGUCGAAAGCACGCACACGAAUUCGCAUCCUUCUAAAUGAAGAGUUACAGGAAGAAAAAGAAGCACGUGUCAAAGGAAAAUUGCUUGGCUUAUCAAUGUCGUGUCAUACUCAACCUUAUGUUAGGACAUCACUCAGUAUUCCCGUACCUGCCAUGAAAAAAGUGAAACGUAAAUUCAAGCUCAAGUUUACGCCCAUCACCGUUGACGAAUGCCUAACUAUCGUGCGUGAAGCAUACACGGAUGUAAGGGCAUUUACAGACAAGCAGCGGUAUGAGACCACAGGUACUACGGUCUUUGGGUGGCGGGACAGACACGAAGUUAAUGGUGAAAAGUUGCGAUUUUUUCUUGAAAAAACAUUUCGACACGUCACCGCCUCAGAAAUUUGCAAACGCAUGUGGGAUUUAGUGUCAUCGGAGCAAGACUUGAAUCGUAUCUACGCCUCGGAUGUAGCGAUUCGUUUUCAUCUUGUUCAACGUGUGAACGAUGAGAACACUGACGAUGUUGGCAAUUUUAUGCUGCUCUUACGUUCGGUGGACCCAAUGGCACGCGGUAUUUUUGAACCGACAACGGCAAAGUUAUGUGAUUUUUCAGUUGUGAAAAAGGAAAUCUGGAGCGAUGUCUUUAGUUGGGGUUUGUACGAAAGAGUGGGUGAAUUGGGUCAACACUGCCGCAAUUAUCUUGGUGGCUUUAUGUCUAAUCUUGUUACGCGACGUAAUAUCGAGUUCUGGCUCGUACACAUUCUAUUGAUUGCCGUGCGCUUUGAGAAUGAAGUGGUCGGUCCUCACUUCCUUUCCGAUGGAGUUACGAAUCAAAGUUAA